CAAAAAGUUAUUGAGGAGUACUAGAAAUAUUGAAAAGAGGUGAAUUAGCAGUAGGACCGCGAAGAGAGAAUCUUUGGAAUUGCAAUAUGCAGAUCCUUCACAUCCCAUGCUUGGAAGAUAACUACUCUUACAUGAUUAUCGAUGAGGCGACGAAAGAAGCAGCGGUGGUAGACCCAGUGGAGCCUCACAAGAUUCUACGAGUAGCUCAGGAAAACGGUGUUGACCUCAAGCUUGUCCUCACCACCCAUCAUCACUGGGAUCAUGCUGGUGGCAAUGAGAAGAUGAAGCAGUUGGUGCCUGAUAUAAAAAUUUUUGGGGGUUCCCUUGAUAAUGUGCAGGCAUGCACUAACAAACUUGAAAACGGUGAUAAGUUAUCUCUUGGGGCUCACAUCAAUAUAUUGUCUCUCCAUACACCAUGGUAUUAUUGGCUGCUUCUAUUUGUUGGAUUACCCUUAUACCAGUACCACACCAAGGGUCAUAUAAGUUACUAUGUGACUGGCAAAGAAGGAGACGACCCUGCUGUUUUUACUGGCGAUACCUUGUUCAUUGCUGGCUGUGGAAAGUUUUUUGAAGGCACAGCUGAGCAGAUGUAUCAGUCAUUGUGUACUACCCUUGGUUCUUUGCCGAAGCCAACUCGAGUAUAUUGUGGUCAUGAGUAUACAAAGAAGAACUUGCAGUUUGCCUCGACUGUGGAGCCAGAUAAUGCAAGCAUAUCACAGAAAUUAGCAUGGGCUGAGCAGAAGAGAAAGACAGGUCUUCCAACUGUACCCUCAACCAUCGAGGAAGAAUUCGAGACCAAUCCAUUCAUGCGUGUUGAUCUACCGGAGAUUCAGGAGAAAGUUGGGUGCAAGUCAGCUGUUGAAGCACUGCGGAAGAUUCGACAGCUUAAAGAUGAGUGGAGAGGAUGAAGAUGUGUAAGGCUCAUGUUAAUAAGUUCGGUGUUUUUUUAUCCUGGUUUCUUCUUGGAUUUUUCAAAACAAUUACCAGUACUUUUUUAUAUUAAGCUUGAAAGACUAUCAAUAAUUGAUCCAUUUUACACUUUGCCUUA